CAAACUAUUAGCUAACUCAUAUUUUCUUGAACACAAAUACAAGGUCAAAAACAAUCUCUUCACAUCAAUCUUGAAGAAGAAAACCAAGAAAGACCUAGAAUUUUGAGUUUAUAGUUUAAGGUAUAGUUGUGCAGAAGUUUUUAUCACCAGGAUGGAGAAAAUUUUGAAUCUUAAAGCAACAGAACUUAGAUUGGGUUUGCCAGGGACAGAGGAAGAAGUUGAUCACCAACAAAUUGUGCCCAAUUCCAAGAAUAACAAAAGGUCUUUGUCUGAAUAUGAAGAUGAAUCAAGUUCAGAUUAUGAAGCCACAACACCCCCUGUUGCCAAGGCACAAAUAGUGGGGUGGCCACCAGUGAGAUCUUACUGGAAGAACACCUUACAAAUUACUACAAAGAAAACAGAAGCUCAUCAAGAUCAGUGUGGAAUCUAUGUCAAAGUUAGCAUGGAUGGAGCCCCUUUUCUUAGAAAAAUUGAUCUUAAAAUGUACAAGUGUUACACUGAACUCCUUAAAGCAAUGGAGAAAAUGUUCAAGCUCAACAUAGGUGAAUAUUCAGAGAGGGAAGGCUAUAAAGGGUCAGAAUUUGCACCUGCUUAUGAAGAUAAAGAAGGUGAUUUGAUGCUUGUUGGAGAUGUUCCUUGGGAAAUGUUCAUGUCAUCAUGCAAGAGGCUGAGGAUAAUGAAAGGAUCAGAAGCAAGAGGCUUGGGAUCAUGUGAACUAUGAUAUAUAUAAAUAUACCACACGCAUUUUUGAGGCUUUUAUGAAGAUUUCUCUGUUUAGAAGAAUCCUGAAAUAGAUUUAUUUAUUUAUUUUGAAACAC